GUAGAUUUUUUCUGUAAUAUUUCUUAAAGUUUUUUUGAAUUAUACAGAUGAGAGGUAAAGGUCUGACCAGGGCUUUGUUUACGGGGUUUUACUAUUGAUGUUUCUCUGUUCCAGUUCUUCUUUAUCUUUUGGCCUCUUUCUCUGUUUGAUUAUACUGAUAGUUCACUCAGCUCCUUGUCAUUUGAACUGCAUGUAACGUGAAAGGCGAACGGUUGGUGAAGGGAGGAACGAUGCGCUGCGUCUCUUUUCUGUGGCUGUGUGCAGCCAUACCAGGGGUGGUUUUCAGCGCACACACCACUCUGCUGGUGGAGGGGGACAGAAAUGUCUCCAGGAUCUGCAAACCUGCCCCUCACUGGGAGAUUCAGGGGCAGGCACCCAUGAAAGAACUGCUGGGGAAUGUAGUGGUGGUGGCUCUUCUGAAGGCCACCUGACACUUCUGUCUCACUCAGGCCUACAAGAUUGGAGGCCUGCGUGACAAGCUGAAUCGCAGCAACCUCACUGGGGUGUCUUUCAUGAUUGUUAACGAGCAGGAGGCAGAGUCCAGGGCCAUGUAUUGGGAGCUGAAGAGAAGAGCGCCACCUGACGUUCCUGUCUAUCAGCAGGGACCCUUCCAAGACGACGUGUGGGAGACUCUGGAUGGUGACAAAGAUGACUUCCUAGUAUAUGACAGGUGUGGUCUCCUCACUUUCCACAUCGUGCUGCCCUACAGUUUCCUGCAGUACCCCUACGUAGAGGCUGCAGUCAGGGCCACAUAUUUGAAAAACAUCUGCAAUUGCUCUCAGCCGCUGAAUAAUCCUCUCCCUGGAGUCAUGAAGAAUGAAACAGCAUCCCCCUUCAACCAAACAAUCACAUUACCCGUAACUCCGCAGGACACUGACAUUGAAGAAGGAGGUGACGCAACUGUAAGUCAUCAACCACCUACUCAGCAUCAUCACCAGCAGAACCAAGAGUUGUCCACCUCACAAACCAGUCAUAAAUAACACAAUAAGUUGAAUUUGGUCAUUGUUUUUUUAAUUAUUUUUUUAAUUUUUGAUGUACAGCUACCGUGUUCAUUUUUGUAGUUUCAAUAACCUAGUUUAUAUUUUGACAGAUGUACUGAGCAGACAGGACAACCGGUUAGCACGAGAGCUAAAAACAGCUAACCGGAAGUAACGCAUCAAUUUAGUGUCCGUCUGAAUGAUUUUACAGCAGCAACAACGCCGUUUCAUUUGGUAAUACGUGCUCAGUUAAAAUUAUGAGAGUACGUUAACGUGUAACAGUCUCAAAACAAAUAAUGUCACGCGUUUCUAAAGUUUGCCAUUACAACGAAAGUGCACCGAUUGAGUAUAAAGCAGCAAAAACAGCUGUUAGCUCGUGAGCUAAAAACAGGAAACUUGUGUUCGGAUUCUGCACGUGUGCACCAGACACUGAAAGUCUCAGACAAAUGAUAAAUCCGAGUUAAGCCAAACCUGACAUUUAACACUAAAAAAUAUAAUUAAACAAUUUAUACUAAAUUUAACAUAUUUUAUUCAUAUCGGUGGCACAAAACAUAUAAUCAGUAAAGAGUUGCAAAACCUUUAUACUACAUUGUUUAAUACUGAAGUUAAACCAUCUAUGUUACAAUGUUAUUGGCAGAUAUUAAAUAUAGAAUUAAAAUAAAUCUGUGUUUGUUAAACUCAACAAAUCCUUGUUAAAUCACAGAUUUUUUUUUUCCAUUAGUGCUAUGAAAAUAAACAAACUUGGGGUUUUAUUGAAAACAUUUUGUGAUUCAAGAACAUUUUCACUGCUGUGCUGAGUUCUUGGGUCUGUGUGACAGUAAUUUAGAGUGUGGUUGUUCCUAAUAGCUCCACGCUUCAUGCCUGUGUACUCUGUGUGAAUAAACCAGCAGCUCCACCUUUGUCUUCUCCCGUGAAUGAAGUCUGCAGAGUAAAACCUGCCUGCAGGAGGCUGCUGACUGAUGUGUGUGGAGAGAUAGAGGUCGAACCUGUAGUUGUCUCUUUUUGUUUUUUACAUAUGGACAGGGUGUGGUGUGUGGACUACAAAGAAUGAAUCUCAUUCAGGUUACAGUCUUAAAGUAUCCUACAUUGUUGGUCCUUGAACAGCAGGAUGAAUUCAAAAGAGAAAACUAAAUGAAUCAUUUAUUCAUUUUCUGUCAGAGCUGUAAUUUACCCUCUGUCGUCAACAAUUUGCUCUUUGAUUCAGAAAGUAUUACCGUAUGAUAGGUGUGCUUUCAAUAUACACAUUAUUAAAAAUAUAUAUCAUUAAUAUAUAUAUACCUUAUAUAUUUACAAGUGAUUUUGUAGUAAUUUAAAUACUGUAAAACUACAAAGUUUUUCUUUGUUUAAUAAAUAUGUGACAAUGUA